CGCAGCUGUCAGCGCGCACUAGGUGUGCAUCACCGUGGACCACCGAUCUGUCUGCGUGCUCGACGGACCGCUGCCGAGAUGUUCUACUGUUCUGUUUGACUUUCUCUGAAUUCGUUUCUCUGUUUUUAUUUUUUUUCACGUAAAACAGAGCACGUCAGUUUCGUUGCUCGUUUCCGAGGCGAGCGGGAUAUCAUGAGUUGUUUGGAUGUUAUGUACCCGGCUUAUGGUCAUUACGCACCGUACGCGCCCAAAGCUUCUGCGUUCAUCAGCGCUUUACCGGCACCCAUUGGUCUGCGAAGUCCCACAUCUCGCUGUAGGGAUCUGAUGGACAGCGUGGGAGCCCCGUGCUGCCCAGAGGCUUUGACGGUUUCUGCCAGGAGCUCUAGCUCAGCAGGUCCGUCCCCAUCACCAUACCCCUCGGCCGGACAGGUAGAGGAGGUUACAAAGGACAAACAGGUCAGAGAGGCAGAAUACCUGAGCUCACACUGUGUCCUAUUCACCUACUACCAAGGGGACAUUAGCAGUGUGGUGGAUGAACAUUUCUCCAGAGCUCUAAGCACUUACAUGGAGGCAGAGGGCAAGAAGAGGCACAGUGAUUCCAGCACAGAAGCUUCAUCCUCGAGCAGCCGACGCAGUUUCCCUCCAUCGUUCUGGGACAGUAACUACCCCUCGCCCCCUAGCCGACCCCACUGUGAUCCCACAUGCACCCCCACCUAUGCCAUGGACCCGUAUGCCCAGGCCCUGCACCCUGGUCUGCCUCACUCACAUGCUCACCCACACCCGUCAGAGUGCUGGAGCUACUCACAGAGCCAGCCAUACGGUCCCCCACGGCCCUUCCACGAACUGUACUCCCCUCCCGGGCUGGAUCCCCACUACGGCCCCCUGCUGAUGCCCGCUGUGCGGCCGCCUCAUCUCCCAACUUUACCUGGGCAUUAUGAUGUGGGAAAGCUUGAGCCAACCCCCUCGUGGCCAGGUCUGCUUCCACCCGGGGAAGUGGCACAGAGCUUGGCCCUCAACAUGGAGCCAGGUCUCCAGCACCACAAGAAAGGGAAGGAGCUCUACUGGUUUUAAUGAGAAGCCCUUCAUCGACCAUCCAAUUAAAGCCUACAGUCUGGCCCAUUGUAGCCGAACUGUUGUUUCUUUGGCCCCCACGCACACCGGCGCACACUCUGAACACGCUCCAGGACUGUUUGUGUGCACCAUGGAGAUAUGAACAUGGGGAGAGAACACCGGGGGGUGGCAGGGUUUUAGAUGGCAUGGUUUCUCUCUUUUUUGAUCUGUUUCCGCCUGUGUUUUUGAUGUUUUGUAAAUUAAUUUAUUGGGGUGUAAAAAUCCAAUUCAAUUCUCUGUUUGGACAUGAGGCGUAGAAAAUAUUGCAUAGUGCAGUAUACAGAAUGAUUCAUGGACUGGAGAAAGAUGGUGCUUUGAAUAAAAUCAGAUGCUUGUUUAUAAUAUAUAUUCUGUUUAUAUUCUCUUAUUUUUUCGAGUUUUAUGAUGAAAUGAAUAAGGAUGGCUACAAUGUGUUUGUAUUUUUUCUUUGGAUUUAUCUUCUUCUGUUUAUGUACAGUAUUUUUAUUUAUAUAUAUAUAUCAUAGUAUUUAUGUGUUUCAAUUUAAAUACACUUACGGCCAGUGCUAUUAGUUUUUCGUUUUAUUUGCAAACGUGCCGCUGUGUGAAAACUUCCAAAGUAAAUCUGAGAGAAGUCAAAGAAUUAAUGAACCGCAUCAGAUUAAAGGACUGAAAUAAUAAUAAACAACUGACAGUGUUCCAUUGAUCUUGUUGUAUAGAAGUCAUUUUCAGUGUAUUUUUGUAUGUCUGCUAAUAAUGAAUACACUUGCUCCAUUAAGCUCCAAAAUGUCAGAAGGUGUUUGUUUUUCCAUAUUAAACAUGAAUUUAAAUAUGUCUUCUGAGUUAGACGUGUUUUAGUUGCUUAUGUGUUAUUACGAAUUCAUGUGUGUUUGCUGGGGAUUGAUGCAGUACUGUAGUAAUGUUCAGAGUGUUUAUGCUCCACUGGAAGGGAAGAUGUUUCGGGCUUAUCGCUGAUGUUGUAGGGGACAAACUCACACAUGUUUGGUCAUGAAAUUUUAAACGGGGGCAUGAAUAGUUGGUUCAUCGCCUGACAAACCUAUAAAACAUUACAGGAUACUCGUACAACAUCUCUGUUGACAUGGUCUAUUUAUAUUCACGUUUUAACC